AUGACUCAGCCCUUGACUCCUGUCGUACCGAAUCCCUUCUCUUGGCCCCACUUCGCCAGCUCCUUGGUUCACACAACCUUUUGGGCUGUCCUCCCAUACGCCCAUUUUGCACGAAUACCUCUCCUCCUGACUCAUCUACUACAACUGUCGACCGAUCGAAUCUCGCCAAUAGUAACUAGCCUACCAGUGGAGCUGAGAGACUGUGAGAUUUCGGCAUGGCGACCAGUCUGCCUCCCGGCGCCAAUCCGGGGCCAACGUUGCCUCCACGUCGGGCAUUGGCGUCUCCACUUCUCCCUCUUGUCAUGGCGACGUGCAUUUUCGCGAUUUGCUCCUUACGUCACAUGCCACAUGCACCUGCAUUUGCAGAUUGCCCCCCAAAAAUGGGUCAUUCACAGUCCAGACUAUCGACACCCGAGAGCCAGGAGCCGCUUGGCAACGCUGUUUUCCCCGGUUGCUGCCGUCCACAUGACGGGCAUCGUCAAAGCUGGGACUGAUUCUUGCUGA